AUGUUUGUUAUAGGUGAUCUUCUUGAAACUGGACAAUUCAUAAUCAAAAUUGAACCGGGUCACUCGGACGAAAAGCAGGACGCGUCCACCAAGACCAGAGCGUCGAAGAAGAAAAUCAAAAAUAAAGACCCGUCUCCGCCGAAACGAAAAAUCAAUAUAGAAAUAGUCGUCAAUAAAGAAGAAACGCAGGCAAGACAGAAAGAAAUGAAGGAACAUCAAUGUAAUAUACAAGAAAUCCUUCUAAACACAAACGCAACACCGAUACGUUGCCACAAAGGUAUUGGCUACACUUGUUGUUUUUGUGAAGACCAGUAUCGAGAUCCUGCCCAUUUGAAAAAGCAUACACUAGAACAACACACACAAGAAGAUAAAGCCAAUUUUAUGAAAGGUUCGCGUAACACGUUACACGGAUACUUCGUUAAACUCGACAUAACAGAUCUAAAGUGCAAUAUAUGUGAUGAAAACAUUGAUAAUGUGGAAGCCAUGAUUGAGCACCUAAAGAAAAUCCACAACAAGAAUCUCUUUCCGAAAUUGAACAGUCACAUCUUACCGUUCAAACUUAGCAAGGACACCCUAAGAUGUUGUGUGUGCUUGAACAUUUUCAACACGUUCAAAGCUUUGCAGGAACACAUGAAUGUGCACUACAGAAAUUACAUAUGCACAGUCUGUGACGCUGGAUUCGUCAAUAAACACAUUCUAUCGAGACACGAGGAGUGUCACAAAAUCGGCGUGUUCACUUGCGGGGAAUGUUCGAGAACUUUCGACACGGCGCGUAAGAAAACGUUACACCAACGGACUAAACACGCGGAGCCAAAACUGCGCAACAAAUGCGGCUACUGUUCGGAAAGGUUCAAAGAGUUCGCACAGAAACUCGAGCAUCUGGUGAAAGUUCACGGAAUAGUGAAACCCACAAUAGAUUGCCAAGUGUGCAACAAGAGUUUCAAGACGAAACACGAGUGGAGGGUCCACACCGCGAGGAUUCACUUAAUGCAGAAAGAUCACAAUUGCACUCUGUGUGAGAUGAGGUUUUACACAAAGCACGAGUUAGAGAAUCAUAUGACGAAGCACACCGGUUUGCGACAGUUCAGAUGUGACGUCUGUUUCAAAUCGUACGGAAGAAAGAGCACUCUCAGAGACCAUAUGCGGAUCCACGCAGAUGACCGCAGAUUCGAAUGUACAAUGUGUGGACAGGCUUUCGUCCAGAAAUGCACGUGGCGUAGUCACAUGCGGUCCAAACAUGGCGAAGAUAUUUAA